CAAGUGAGAUUCCAAUCGAGAAAAGUCCACCUGCAACCUCUCCAUAUAAUACCUCAAAUUUAUUUGAAGUCCUAGCCAAGACGCCUUUCAUAUUAACCUUUCUUCCCAUGCGAGCCUUAAAGAAAGGAUUUUCAUCACCACUUCUUGCUUCUUUAGAGCUAAGGGCUUGA